AUGAAACGAAAAUCCUCAUCACACUCUGCCGCACACCAAGAAGCCAAAGAAGCCACGAAGGCCCCUUCCACAUGGCCGCUGUACGCGUUCAUCUCCACAGUGUCGGCGGCAUGCUACGCCAAUGGACUCAGUGGGGACUUUGUGCACGACGACAUCCCAGCAGUGGCGGGGAAUAGAGACGUUGCAGGCGACAGGCCGAUCUCGGACAUACUCGUGAAUGACUUUUGGGGAACUCCCAUGGCACACGCUGAUAGUCAUAAGAGUUAUAGGCCGCUCACCACAAUCACGUUCAGGUAUGAUAAAUUUUUACAGAAUAAAUGGAAUUCAUAA